GCAAAAUACUCUUCAGACUUUGAUCAGAAGUGCUGGACACAGAGUUAAUACACUGAGAGCACUCUGGAUGUGAAAAGACACAAGUCACAAGAUUGUCAUACUGGGUGGAUAAGAGUGAAUACGCAGGUCAGGUUGUGAUGGCAGUGGCACAGGAGCUGUUCCUGGCUGUUGCGCUGCUCUUCGUCUCCCUGAGGCUCCAUUGCUCCUCUCCCUUACCUGGCUGUCCAGAGCCCUGCAGCUGUCAGAGAGCUUCUCUGUUGAACUGUUCUUCUUCUGGCCUUUCCCUGGUGCCCCAGCACAUCCUAGACUCUGUCACCGAGCUAGACUUGUCACAUAACCUGCUUGACUCUGUAACACUGGGUCAACCACAUCAUAACCUCAGAAAUGUAUGGUUGGGAAACAACAGCAUCACACACUUGUCUCUCUGUAUAGAGAGAAACCCGGGAGGCCGUUAUGGCAGAAGUAUAAAUCCCUAUCACUUGAGACCUUGGAGCAGGCAGAGAUGUGUAUCUUGGGCGCCCUCCCUGCAGCUGCUAUCUGUUGAGAGGAAUCAGCUGGAGCAGCUUCCAAACGGACUGGAAGGUAGUGAGUCGUUACAGGUUCUGCAGCUCUCCUUCAAUAGGAUCUCAACUCUCCAACCAGGAGACCUUGGCCGCCUUCGGCAGCUAAUAGAGCUGCACCUACAACAUAACCUCAUCACAAGUCUCCAUCCACAGAUGUUCCAAGACUUAGCACAGCUCCGGGUCCUUGAUCUGAGAUUCAACAAGUUGACCAGUCUCCAUCCUUUGAUGUACCUUUCUCUUCAUAACAUCGGGGCAGAUGUUAGGCUGGAUGGGAACAGGUGGCAGUGUGACUGCAGUAUGCGCAGUCUAAGAAGACGGAUGGCCUAUGACAGCAGCAGAGGUCUGCAGGCCUGGAGUGUUGUGUGUGCUUCCCCCUCCAUCCUCUCAGGCAGAGAACUGCUGCAGCUGGAGGAGGAUGACCUCAGCUGUAUUGGUGCUGAAAACAGACCUGAGCUCCACCAAGAUGUGACCGUCUAUAGUGGCUCUGAGAUACUGCUGUCCUGCUCUGCACAAGAUUCAAUGUGGUGGACACCCAGUGGUCAAGCAUCUGCGAGCCAAACUCAGGCUGGUCUGUUAAUCAAUGACAUCUCAGAGAGAGACACAGGACUUUAUGUGUGUGUGUCUGAAGAACAUGACAUUGUGUCUGUUUUUAACCUCCAAAUCAGUAAAAUAGAAGGUGCAAAAAGAAAAAUUAGAAGUUUAACCAGAACCAGCCAACAAAUAACUCUGCAAGGUCCAGCAAACAGGAUAGGUCAAGAAAGGAAUCAGAGAGCUAUCCAGUCUAACUUGGUUCUGGCUGUGUGUCUGUCUGUUUUCAUCACGUUUCUGAUAGCCUUUAUUCUUGGAGUCCUGGCAAGACCUUGUAUAGAUAUUCUAUGGAGAAGGGUCACCAGGAAGAAAAGUUCCUCUGAAACCUCUGUCUCAUCUGCAGAACAAAGGCAGUAUGACAAUGAGGCCUACUGCACUGGUGGGGAACCAGAGGCAACAGGCACUCACAGGGAAAGAAGAGUCACAUUUAACACUGUAGACUUUAGAGAAAACAGCAACGUACAGUAUUAUGAUACUGUAGCCAGUGGUGUUGAGGAAAGUAACAAUCAAUACACUGUAAUUAAAUAUGAAGCAGUUGCGUUUGAGAAGGAUACACAUGCAGCUGUAGAUUCAGAAAGUGAAAACAGCUUUCAACAGAGUCGUCCAGAGGAAACCCAGAAAGAUGGCAGAGACCUCUCAGGCGUCACUGAUGCAGGCCACAAACACAACAUGGAGUAUGAACACAUUCCAGACCCUGUUGAGCUGGACAAGAGAAGCUUGUCUUCAUGCUCAGAUUCUUCAAUGUCUGACAAAGUACGUAAUGAGGACCAAAUGACCUGGAGAGGCCACAUAACAACCAAGUCUAGUCAGGUGGCAGAGGACUCUCUUCAGCAGAGAGCUGAUUUCUCUACAGCAUCAAAAGUAGUGCAAAUUUCUGCAGAGGGCAGUGAAAUUGCUGGAUUUUCUUCUGAGCCCUUUGCAGAUUGGUCACCACAUACAAUGAAACCCAGCCAAAUGGACCCUGAUCAGUCACAAGAAAAUGAAGAACAAUUUGAGUUUAGUGAUUCUGAUAAAAGCUUUUCUCCAAGAUCUAGCAGCAUUUGUGGAUUUUUUAAUGAUUCAAAACUGAUUAUGGCACCCACUUCAUAUAAAAAGAGCAAUGAUAUGUCAAGCUCCAGCUCAUAUAUCAGUGAGGAAGAGCCUACAGAAUACACUGUUAACUCAGACAAAGAGGAGGAGGAGGAGGAGGAGGAGGGCAGAGAAAGGAGCCACAAUAAAGGGGAAGACUACACAGUCACAAGACAAUUAUCAGAUAAAGGAGACAUGCCAAGCAGCAGGAUAGUUACAGGAGAGUGGGAAACCAAGAAGAAAGUUGAACCCAUGCCACGCACAAAGUGGCGUGUACCCAGUUUGGGUGUUACUAGUCACAGUGAGAGUCUGGAUACUGGAGCACCUUUAACAUCUGCAGCUCAUUCAUCCUCUUCAAGCAGUGAGAGUGAAGCAGAAAUCACAGACCUAAAAGUGGAGCUGAAUACAGGCAGAGUGAAUGAGGGGAUCAAAAUCAGAGAACCAGUAACACUGUCAACUGACCUGCAUCACCAAUACACCUCUCAAAAGGAUAUCAACGCCCCAUUACCAGCCACUGAUUCAACUUCUAGUGAUGAGAGUAUGGAUGAAACAAGAAGACCCACAAUGAGGCAACAGAGAGGAGAUAUAGACAUGGCAGGGCUUCCAGUAUCUCAUUCUGUAAGCCGCAAAGCCUUAAAUCCACAAUGGCCUCCCAAUCUUGACCAUAUUACUCCCAACAAACGUCAUAGUGAUUCGUCAUCUAGUAGUGAGAGUUCAGAUGAGACAACAGACCAGAACGAGAAACAAGGAGAAAAGCACAGAACAGGAUUUAAGUUUCAAGAAUCAGUAAGUCAAGUUCCAGAAAAACAAUGGCCUGCCCUAGAUCUUGAGCAUACCAUGCGGAUCAGAAGACGACUGGAUAUCAAAGCACCAUCACCACGUCCUGAUUCAUCUUCUAGUAGUGAUAGUGACAAUGAAACACCAAACCACGUCAGUAAGCAGGACCAAGGGCAGAUGCACAUGGCAAGGCUUCCAAAUAAAGUACCUCAAACUGUAAGACGUGACUCACCAACACAAAGGCCUGCUUUAGCUCUUGAGCAUACUGCACACAUCAGUAGGCAUUUAGAUAUCACAGCACCAUCAACUGACUCGGAUUCAUCUUCUAGCAGUGACAGUGAAGAUGAAACAACAGGCCACAUAAAGAAGCAGAAGCCAGGCAAGGUGGACGUUGCAGGUCUUCCAUUUCAAGAAUCUAAAACAGGAAGGCACGAUUCAGACAAAACAUGGCCUACUGUAAAUCUUGAGGAUACCACACGCAUCAAAAGGCGGUUAGAUAUCAAAGCACCGUCACCGGACUCUGAUUCAUCUUCUAGUAGUGACAGUGAGGAUGGAACAACAAAGAACAUAAAGAAACAAGAACAAAAAGAGGAAUACAUGCCAAAACUUUCAAUCAAAGUUUCUCAAACUGGAAGUGAUGACCCACCAACACAAUGGCCUGCCCUAGAUCUUGAGCAUACUACACGCAUCAAGAGGCGACUGGAUAUCAAAGCAUCAUCCCCUCCUCCUGAUUCAUCUUCUAGUAGUGAUAGUGACAAUGAAACACCAAACCACGUCAGUAAGCAGGACCAAGGGCAGAUGCACAUGGCAAGGCUUCCAAAUAAAGUACCUCAAACUGUAAGACGUGACUCACCAACACAAAGGCCUGCUUUAGCUCUUGAGCAUACUGCACACAUCAGUAGGCAUUUAGAUAUCACAGCACCAUCAACUGACUCGGAUUCAUCUUCUAGCAGUGACAGUGAAGAUGAAACAACAGGCCACAUAAAGAAGCAGAAGCCAGGCAAGGUGGACAUUGCAGGACUUUCAUUUCAAGAAUCUAAAACAGGAAGGCACGAUUCAGACAAAACAUGGCCUACUGUAAAUCUUGAGGAUACCACACGCAUCAAAAGGCGUUUAGAUAUCAAAGCACCGUCACCGGACUCUGAUUCAUCUUCUAGUAGUGACAGUGAAGAUGGAACAACAAAGAACAUAAAGAAACAAGAACAAAAAGAGGAAUACAUGCCAAAACUUUCAAUCAAAGUUUCUCAAACUGGAAGUGAUGACCCACCAACACAAUGGCCUGCCCUAGAUCUUGAGCAUACUACACGCAUCAAGAGGCGACUGGAUAUCAAAGCAUCAUCCCCUCCUCCUGAUUCAUCUUCUAGUAGUGAUAGUGACAAUGAAACACCAAACCACGUCAGUAAGCAGGACCAAGGGCAGAUGCACAUGGCAAGGCUUCCAAAUAAAGUACCUCAAACUGUAAGACGUGACUCACCAACACAAAGGCCUGCUUUAGCUCUUGAGCAUACUGCACACAUCAGUAGGCAUUUAGAUAUCACAGCACCAUCAACUGACUCGGAUUCAUCUUCUAGCAGUGACAGUGAAGAUGAAACAACAGGCCACUUAAAGAAGCAGAAGCCAGGCAAGGUGGACAUUGCAGGACUUUCAUUUCAAGAAUCUAAAACAGGAAGGCACGAUUCAGACAAAACAUGGCCUACUGUAAAUCUUGAGGAUACCACACGCAUCAAAAGGCGUUUAGAUAUCAAAGCACCGUCACCGGACUCUGAUUCAUCUUCUAGUAGUGACAGUGAAGAUGGAACAACAAAGAACAUAAAGAAACAAGAACAAAAAGAGGAAUACAUGCCAAAACUUUCAAUCAAAGUUUCUCAAACUGGAAGUGAUGACCCACCAACACAAUGGCCUGCCCUAGAUCUUGAGCAUACUACACGCAUCAAGAGGCGACUGGAUAUCAAAGCAUCAUCCCCUCCUCCUGAUUCAUCUUCUAGUAGUGAUAGUGACAAUGAAACACCAAACCAUGUCAGUAAGCAGGACCAAGGGCAGAUGCACAUGGCAAGGCUUCCAAAUAAAGUACCUCAAACUGUAAGACGUGACUCACCAACACAAAGGCCUGCUUUAGCUCUUGAGCAUACUGCGCACAUCAGUAGGCAUUUAGAUAUCACAGCACCAUCAACUGACUCGGAUUCAUCUUCUAGCAGUGACAGUGAAGAUGAAACAAAAGGCCACAUAAAGAAGCAGAAGCCAGGCAAGGUGGACAUUGCAGGUCUUCCAUUUCAAGAAUCUAAAACAGGAAGGCACGAUUCAGACAAAACAUGGCCUACUGUAAAUCUUGAGGAUACCACACGCAUCAAAAGGCGGUUAGAUAUCAAAGCACCGUCACCGGACUCUGAUUCAUCUUCUAGUAGUGACAGUGAGGAUGGAACAACAAAGAACAUAAAGAAACAAGAACAAAAAGAGGAAUACAUGCCAAAACUUUCAAUCAAAGUUUCUCAAACUGGAAGUGAUGACCCACCAACACAAUGGCCUGCCCUAGAUCUUGAGCAUACUACACGCAUCAAGAGGCGACUGGAUAUCAAAGCAUCAUCCCCUCCUCCUGAUUCAUCUUCUAGUAGUGAUAGUGACAAUGAAACACCAAACCACGUCAGUAAGCAGGACCAAGGGCAGAUGCACAUGGCAAGGCUUCCAAAUAAAGUACCUCAAACUGUAAGACGUGACUCACCAACACAAAGGCCUGCUUUAGCUCUUGAGCAUACUGCACACAUCAAUAGGCAUUUAGAUAUCACAGCACCAUCACCUGACUCGGAUUCAUCUUCUAGCAGUGACAGUGAAGAUGAAACAACAGGCCACAUAAAGAAGCAGAAGACAGGCAAGGUGGACAUUGCAGGACUUUCAUUUCAAGAAUCUAAAACAGGAAGGCCCGAUUCAGACAAAACAUGGCCUACUGUAAAUCUUGAGGGUACCACACGCAUCAAAAGGCGUUUCGAUAUCAAAGCACCGUCACCGGACUCUGAUUCAUCUUCUAGUAGUGACAGUGAGGAUGGAACAACAAAGAACAUAAAGAAACGAGAACAAAAAGAGGAAUACAUGCCAAAACUUUCAAUCAAAGUUUCUCAAACUGGAAGUGAUGGCCCACCAACACAAUGGCCUGCCCUAGAUCUUGAGCAUACUACACGCAUCAAGAGGCGACUGGAUAUCAAAGCAUCAUCCCCUCCUCCUGAUUCAUCUUCUAGUAGUGAUAGUGAAGAUGAAACAACAGGCCACAUAAAGAAGCAGAAGCCAGGCAAGGUGGACACUGCAGGUCUUCCAUUUCAAGGAUCUCUAACAGGAAGGCAUGAUCUGGACAAAAUGUGGCCUGCUCAAAAUCUUGAACAUACUACAAGCAUGAAGAAGCAACUAGAUCUCAAAGCACCAUCACCCACUGCUGCUUCAUCAUCUAGUAGUGACAGUGAUGAUAAAACAAAAUGCCAGAAUAAGAGGCCAGAGCUUGUGGGAAUUGCUGGGCUUCCAUUUAAAGAAUCUCAAAGAGCAAAUCACAAUCCAGAAACAUGGUGGUCUGAAGUAGAUCUUAAUAAUAUCACUCAUAUAAAGAGGCGUUUGGAGAUCAAAGCCCCAUUGCCACCUCCUGAUUCAUUAUUAAGCAGUGGGAGUACAAACCAUACAGCAGAAGGAAAGAGAAAAGAAGUUAUCAAAGUUAGUUCCUCUUCAAGCAGCUCAGAUGAGCAAGAGGAGGGUAUGGGAGAAUUGAGCAACCCCCCAACAACAGUGGAGCCAGAUCCAGACUCCAGAUGGCCUCAGCUUGGGCUUAGUAAUGCUUCCCGUGUGAAAAGGCGCCUGGAUAUCAGAGCUCGUUCACCUGAAUCAUCUUCCAGCAGCAAUGAGAGUGAUGUAGGAACUACAGACCAACCUAGCAAAAUUGAGAGGGACAGAACUGAUGUGGGGAAGUGGAGUAUGCAUGUUCCUUAUGUCAACAGACGUCAAAAUACCAAAGCACCAACAUCACAACCAGAUCUGAUUCAUAGUUCUGUGUCUCCCGGCUUUCAACAAUCUGAAUCAAGUUCUUCAGCAAGUGAGAGUGAGAAUGAGAACAGGGACCAUGCUAAACUACGACCGAGAGUUUCUGCAUUAUCAAAGGAAACAGAAAAGAAGUUCAUUAAGUCUUCAAAGAUCUCGGUGAUACACACUUCUCACAGGCCAAAGACAGACCACGGGAUCAAAUUAGAAAAGUAUACAGUUAUUUCAGAUAAUGUUGAGGGCAAAGCAACAAGUGACAACAUAAAAAUGACAUCAAAGGCAAACCCAGAACUUGAGUCAAGGUGGGCUAUGAUGAACCUUGGUAUCUCCCGCUUCAGAAAGCGUCUCGAAAUCACAUCGCGAACAAAUGAACCGCGAAAUCUUCCCUCAUCAAGAUCUAAGCUGCCUGUUGUCACUGAUGAAGAAGCAUCCCAGAUUCAGGCCUCUCUGUAUGUAGGCCAAGCUGUAGACACCAAACUUCAAUGGUCACAGAGCCAAACUGAGGAGGUGGAGAGGAUGGCUGCCGGGAUAGAGCACAAAACAUCAUCCAGUGAAAGCAGUGAGGAUGAGACAAUAGAGCACAGUGUUCCUGACUUGAGUCUUGGUGUCCCACGUGUUAAGAGGCGUCUGAAUGUCACAGCACCAUCACCAGGGCCAAGUAGUUCCUCAUCUUCCUGCAGCGAAAAUGAAGUGACAGAAUACACUGCAAAACAAAGCAGACAUGUAUCAGAUAUAACAGAUGAUGACUCUGUAAUCACUUAUAAGCGUUUAAUCUUCAGACCUUCAGCACAGCUGAGUAAUUCUUUUUCUUCAUAUACUGGCGCUGAAACAGUGACUGUUUCAAAAGAAGGUCCAUCCCAUAGUGUUCAAAGCAGAAAUGCAUCUCUUGCCCCUGGUAUGAGCUUUGAUGAUGUGGUAAAGAAAAGGAUGGAGCAGUCCAGACGCUCCACGGAUAUGGACCUGCCAUCAAAGAUAAAGUGGACUGGCAUCAGUCAUCAGGUGUCUGACCUUUCUAUGUCCGGUAUGAAGAGAAACCUAGACGUACACCAGGCUCCACCUGUAAAGCAACAACUUCCACCACUUGACUCCUCCAAUAACUCCAGUGUUAAAAAUGAUGAUAAAAUAAAACAAGACACAGGGAAAGCGGAAUGGACACUAAUGCAUAAAAACUCAAAUCUUAGUGCCAACAGUGUUUCUUUUGCAUCUGGCAGAACUCUUGACAAGUCUAACAACUCUGCUAGUGGAACAAAUGAGAUUUUGUGGUCUGUACCUGAGGACAGGAGGGAAAGAAAAGGCCUCAGUGCCCUAAAAACCUUGUCUUCAGACAGACGAAGGUGGGACACACAAGCUGAAAAUUUAGAUCAGGGUGCAUCUCCUCUAUUUGAUUACUAUGGUCCACAAGUUCACACCAGUUUCGAUGAUCAAAGAUCUGUGGAGGACAUCAAGCCCCUGGCUAAACAGCCACCAACACAAUUACAUCUUUCGUCCUCUUCAGUAGAUAAGAGUAGAGCUACACAUUUCCUCCAUGAUAUUCCCCGCUACAGGAGGCAGGAUGUUGGAGGUAUCAAACUACCACAGGAGGCUCCACCUCCUAUUCCCACAACACUACCACCAGAUGAGGCAGAAGAGCUUACGUGGAGGUCUCCACGUAGCAGUGACAAACAAGAGUUGGAAGGCAACAGCCACUACCUGCAACAGAGUAGAAGUACAACGCAAUCUGACCCUUCUUCAACUAUGUCGCAAAACCUGGCUGCCUAUUUAGACUCCUCAAACAUUAACAUUAGUCAUGUUUAAUAAAGAAGCCACUGCAUCCUAAACACUGACAAAAUUAGUCUUAGUGUUUUAUCUUAAAUUGAAAAAUGAAAUGUAAGUACUAAUAAUUUAUUGUGUGUAACUGUGCAGUGAAUGCAGUCCAAGAUACCAUCUUUCAGAUUUGCCUUAUUUCUGUAAAUCAUAAUUCCUGGAAUAAAUAUUCCAUCAAGAUUCCAUGUCAUCUACAUUGUUAUACAUUGGUUUUUGAUGGUCAUGGUCACCCAUUAUUAAUAACACCAAAUAAAACUAUAUAUAAUAUAUAUCAUAAUGG